GUAAGGCACGGAUCGAACAGCUCGCGGAGACACAAUUCAACCCCUGUGAGAGAGUCAGUCCCGUAAAAAGUGAGACAAUGUCUUGAAAUGCUGUAAAAUGUCAUGAGAUGUCCCGUGACGCGUACGUGGGGGGAACCCGGUCUCCGCGAGGCGUGAGACUUCCCACUGUGGACCGCUCCCCCAGUCGGGGGGCAUACCCCGGUGGCAGUCCCCUAGGUCGGAAGCCCUUGAGGCAGACGAGAUCGGGUAAUAAUUCACCGGAACACGGGUACGGGUAUCACCACUCUUCGCCGUAUUAUAGAGACGAGGAUUUGGGGAGUCCUAUGUUGGAGGAGAGAGGAAGGCCUAUGACCGUAGGGCCUGGGCAUCAUCGCUCUAGGAGCGCCACAAGACCAUCCAAUCCAAUGUCUGUUCGAUAUCAGUCUUUAGAUAGAGGACCCACAAUGGACCACGAACGAGAAUUUUUACCUAUUCGAGAUAGACGAGAUAGAUCCCUUGACAGGGGGUUAUAUUUUGACGAUGAACCUUAUAGUUCCAGUUUUAUUUCCAGAUCCGCCCGUCAAUCUCCCACCUCUCACCAGCCCUUCAUCGGAGAACUUCAGCACCAAAAUUCAGACCUUCAGCGCGACCUAGCAAACCUAAAGAAAGAACUAGAACUGACCAAUCAAAAAUUGGGAUCGUCUAUGCAUUCCAUCAAGACUUUCUGGAGCCCAGAACUGAAGAAAGAAAGGGCGUUAAGGAAAGAAGAGUCAGCCAAGUACAGCCUAAUCAACGAUCAGCUCAAAUUACUAAGUAGCGAAAAUCAGAAACAAGCUAUGUUAGUACGUCAAUUAGAAGAAGAACUACGAAUGAGGAUGAGGGGGCCGAGCAUCGAAAUUCAGCAGCAAAUGGAGGCUCUAUUUCAAGAAAACGAACAUUUAACUAGGGAAAUAGCAAUUUUACGAGAUACAAUUAAGGAGCUAGAGCUACGGAUAGAGACACAAAAACAAACGCUGCAGGCUCGGGACGAGAGCAUAAAAAAAUUGUUGGAGAUGCUUCAGAACAAAGGCAUGGGUAAAGAGGAAGAGAGACAGAUGUUCCAACAAAUGCAAGCUAUGGCUCAAAAGCAGGAGUUACAAGCAGCAAACGAAACUUUGCGCACGCUUCAAACGCAACUGGAGCUGGUGCCCUCGCCCUCUAGUAGCACGGUGAAAGUUCUGCUCGACACUAAGGACGCGCGCAUUGCUACCCUUGAGCGCGAGGUCAGGCUAUUAGAGAGCGAGGUCGAGCGUUUGACACAGCCACUGCCUUCCGCCCUCGCCGCCCCGCCGCCGAUCAAGCGCCAACUGGACGAGUUCCGCGUGGAGAUUCAACGCAGAGACCAGGAGAUCCUAGCGAUGGGCGCCAAGAUGAAGACCUUGGAGGAACAGCACCAAGACUACCAACGACACAUCGCAGUCCUCAAAGAAUCCCUCUGUGCCAAGGAAGAACACUACAACAUGCUUCAGACUGACGUCGAGGAACUCAGGCAACGGUUGGAGGAGAAGAACCGAUACGCAGAGAAGAAAGCUCAGCAGUUUCAACAAGAGAGAGGCCGAGCUGGCGCCGAGAUCGCAGAGAUGAGGGAGCACAUGGAGAUCAAGGAUAGGAAGAUCAACGUUCUACAAAGAAAAGUUGAAAAUCUGGAAGAUCUUCUAAAGGAGAAAGACAACCAAGUAGACAUGGCGAGAGCCAGAUUGUCUGCGAUGCAAGCUCAUCACUGUUCAUCUGAAGGUGCGCUUUCCUCCCUCGAGGAAGCCAUCGGCGACAAGGAGAAGCAGAUGAAUCAACUACGAGAGCAGAGGGAUCGCGCUGAACAAGACAAGCAAGAGGAACGGGAACUGCACGAACGAGAAAUAGCAGAGUACAAGAUGAAAAUACACGCACUUAAUAGUGAAGUUGAGAAACUUACAGCUAGAUUAGAAAGAGCACAAAAUGAUAGAGAUCGCUUGGAAGCGAAGUUGGAAAGUUCUCAGUCGGAGUUGGGUAAAUCCAAGGCCGAGUUGGAUAAGGCCGCCGUCGAAGUGGGAAGAAGCGGAGCAGACUGGGAGGCGGCAAGACAGCGUUUGACCCGAUUGGAACUGGAAAACGAACGUCUCAGGGGCGAAAUCGAAAGAGCACAGACAACCACUACCACUAGUUCGUUUGGAAGGGUCACUUUCAGCAGCUCUCACGAAUUAGAUCGAAUGCAAGAGAGAGCUGACAAGACUUCCUCUGACCUCAGAAGAUGUCAAGCUGAGCUAAGAGUGACCCAGGCAGACAGCGAAAGAGCACGACAAGAGGCAACAGCUUUACAAGAAAAACUUGAGAAGUCUCAGGGGGAAGUAUACCGCCUCAAGGCCCGACUAGAAAAUUCUCACCAAGAACAAGAGAGUCUUCGGGAAGAAUUGGAGAGAGCGCAAUCGACUACGGCGAAAUUGCACUCGGACAAAGAUCGAGCGUACGGGGAGUUGGAGAAGGCACGAGAAGAACUGGAGCGUACGUCGGCGACCUUGGGAAAGGCUCAAUCACAACAAGACAAAUUACAGAACGCUCUAGACAAAGCACAGACCGAAGUCGACAAGUUACAAGAAAAGUUAGACAAGUCACUUGGGGAGACCAGAAGGAUACAAUUGGAGAAAGAAAAGGUGGCAUACGACUUAGAGAACAUCCAAUCGCAAUUGGACAAGGUUCUAGGCCAGUCUGCUCGUCUGCAGAAAGAAAAAGAGUCAGCUCAAGUAGAAUCAGAUCGGCUGAGAGAUAAAGUGGAAAAGACGCAGACUACCAUUACUAGAAUCCAGAAAGAACGCGAUAGUUUCCAGGACGAAUGCGAAAAACUGAAGGAAAGAGUUGAAAUGCAGCUGACACAAAUAGCGAAGGUACAAAGAGAACGAGCAGAGAUAGAAACCGAACUUGACGUCAUUAAAGAUAGGUGGGAGAAAACACAUUCUUCACAACAAAAACUACAAAUCGAAAGAGACGAUGCUCUCUCCGAGGUCGAUCUCUUAAAAGAAAAACUGGAUAAAGCAAUAUACGCUUCACAAAAAGCAUUGGAUGAUCGAGAAAACAUGCACAAAGAGUUCGAUAAAUUAUUGGAAAAAUACGAUAGAUCACAAAGUGACCUCUAUAGAAUACAAAACAAAUUAGACACCGUUUCUGCCGAUAAGGAACGACUCGAAAUAGAAUUAGAAAAACAACAAAUUCACGCAACUAAACUGCGAGAAGAUCAACGUAAAGUCCAAGAUGAAAUGGCAAGAACGCAAGAAAUGUAUGACAGAGUAGCAAUGCAACUUGGAAGAUCCAAAGAAAUUGAGGAAAAAUCUAAGGAAGAACUAGAACGAAUGAAUAUUGACAUCGAAAUGGUAAGGGACAGAUACGAAAAGGCUCAAAUUGAAAUAAGAAGAAUUCAAACUGAAAAGGAAAAGCUUCAUGCCGAUAACGAGAGAAUGCAGUACGAAAUAGAAAGAACACAUGGUCAAAUUGCCAAAGUACAGGCUAGCUACGAGAAAUCUCAGGAGGAAUCAGCCAGAUUACAAGUAGAAGUAGAAAAGGCUCGUGACAAACAUGAUAAACUUCAAGUUGAAUUUAGGAAAAUAAUUGCCGAAUACGAUGCUCUACGAGAAUCUAACGUACAAGGAAGAGACAGGUAUACCAAAUUUGACCGAGAUGAGAGAUCAAGAGAUGACAGCGAUCGCUUACGUGCAGAAAUUGACAGGUUGAGGGAAAGACUUGACAAGACACUAGGAGAUCUAGAUAGAUCCAGAAAAGAAAUUGCCCACAUGGAAACCACAAGAGGCAAAUUUACAUACGAGCAAGAAAAAGAAAGAGGCAUGGAGAUGGAACGACUCAAAGACGAUUUAACACGAACUCUCAAUACCAAUCAACAACUAGAGACAAAGUUGCACGAGGUGUCUAUACAAUUAGACCUCGCGAGACAAGAAGUGUCUAAAGUAUCUGGUGGACAAGAUAAGCAGCGUAACGAUCUUGAACGUGCUGUAAUAGAAUGUGAGAAACUAAGAGAUAGGUACGAGAAAUUAAAGCUUCAAUCAGAAAAAUUGGACAAAGACAACGAAAAAUUAAAAUUAGAGAUCGCACAAGCGGAUAGAAGGCAAACUUUAGCUGCCGAUAAGGUAAGAAAUGACGAAAGGCUGGAAAUUGAACGACUCAAGGAAAAACUAGAAAAGGCAAUUCAAGCUCGAGAUGCUACUGAACUUGAGGCUGGUCGUCUUGCGCAAGAACUGGAGAAAUCUCAGCAACAUUUGGCCAAUGCCUUACAGACCAACGAGGCUACUAAAAUCGAAUUUGAAAGAAUGGCGAAUGAACUUGCUAGAAUGCAUGAGAGGAUAGAAAGAGACAAUCUUGAUUGGAAGACCAUGGAACAGGAGAGAGAUGUACUUCGGGCGGAGGUACAACAAAUAAGGACUGGAUUGGAUUCACAAAGGAGGACGAUAGAUCACAGAUCACAAGAAACUAUUGUUAAGUUACAGCAAGAAUUAGCGCAGGUUUCUAGGGAAAGAGAAAAGAUGGCAACAAUGCUUGACAAGCAAGGUCGACAAGGUGAAUCGAUAGAAAAGCAAAUAAUUAAGUAUGAGGCAGAUAUAAAACAGCUAACAAUGGAACGAGAUCAACUAGUAAUGCAGCUAGAAAAAUCUCAAGACAUGCUUAUGAACUUCCAACAAGAGUUAAACCAGAGCGAGGCAGAACUAGAAAAACAAAAAGCUGAAGUAAUGAGACUUAAAACAGAACAGAAGAAGAUGACGCAAGAUGUAGAAAGAGGAACCAAAGAUGUUAUUGAAAAUAGAGACAAAGAAAUCGCUAAACUACAACAACAACUACAAGCAAUACAAAAGGAAAGAGACACACACCGGCAGAGAGCAGAUAAAGCAGAAAAACUUCUUCAUGAAUCUGGAGCCAGGGGAGACUCUGAACUGGAACAAUGGAGAAAAGUCGUACAACAAGAAACAGACCGAGCGGAUCAAGCCGAAAAAACGGCACAGGAUCUUCAAAAACGGAUUCAAGUUAUGGAGAAACAGCUACAGCAGCAACUACAACAGAUGGCACAAUAUCAGAAAGAAAGGGGAAUACAACCUCCUCCGCAAGACGACAAGGAGACGGCGCGGUUAAGAAAAGAACUAGAGAAAGCACAUACGGAUGUUAAGAAUUCUACCACGGAAAAAGAAAGGCUGCAGUCACAACUUGAGAUGUUGGUUCAAGAGCUUGAAAGAAAUCAGAUGGAACUCCAAGAGGCUCACAAGCGUGCAGCUGCUGUCAGUGCCCAAAAACCAGCCGAGGACCAUACCGCCGAGAGGAGGCAAUUGGCCGAAGAGAGGAAGAUGAUCGAAGAAGCUAAGAAACAAUUUGAGGAACAAAGAAGAAUCGUAGAAAAUAAGAGUAGACAAGUAGAAGACAAAGAGCGAGCCUUAGCAGACUUAGAUAAGCAAUUACAAAAACAAAAGCAGCAACUGGACCAAUUACAAAAUUCCUUACAGAGAGCCGGCGGAAACGCUGCAGCUGUGGGUGAGUUGAAUAAGAAGUUGGCUGAUGCCGAGAAGAAGAUGGAACAAGCACAGGAAGAAGCGAAACGGUCGGCCACUGAAAUGGAAAGACUGCUUCAAUUAGUUCAAAUGAGCCAGGAAGAACAGAACGUUAAGGAGAAGCAGAUUUCGGAUCUGCAACAGGCCCUUAAAAAUGCACAGGCAAAAUUAAAACAACAGCAACAACAAGCACAACAACAAGAGGAAAACGAGAACAGUAUUACAAGUAAACACGACUUCACGAUGACGAUGAAUCCUGAGUCGAGUACAGAAAAUAAACAGUUAGAGGACGACAGUUACGUCAAGCAUCUAGAGUCCACCAUCAAGCUCUACGAAGCCGAACUGCAGAAACAAGAAACAGAGAAAGAGGACUUACCAGAACCUUCACCAGAAAGGGACGCGGUCUCUAAAGCAAUAGAUUCUAAAUAUAUCAAACAUCUAGAAGAAUCCUUAAGAACUAACGAAAAUUCUCUAAAAGAAAUAAAAAGUGAAAAACUUAAAUUAGAAACAGUUCUAAAAGAAAAAGACAAUAUUAUAACGGAUUUGAAACAUAACCUUAAAAAUACUAAUGAUCAAAUGCAUAUAGAGAUAGAGAACAAGGAAUCGAUGUUGUCGGCAUUCGAGAAACAGAUCAAAAACAUUAAAGACCACGAGAACGAAAAGGAUAGAGACUUGUCAUUGGAAAAGGAAAGACGGAUACAAGAGCUUGAAUCGGCUCUUCGAGAAAGCAUCAAGAUUUCCACUGAGAGGGAAAUGGUCCUGAUUCAAGAAGAGAAGAAGAGGCAACAAAUAAUGCAAAAAGUUUUCAAACUGGAGCAAAGAUUACUCUCACUCCAGUCAGCACAAGCACUACGGUGUCAUUCAUGUAACUCUUAUGUAUCAAGAAUGACGACAUUAGAGUCAAAACUUGCUCAACUAAUGGGAGAAAGAAAGAAGAAUUUGCAAGAGUUAGCUCAUAUGAAACGAGAAGCUCUAGAAGCCGCUAUAAGUGAGAAGGACGCUCACCUUGCUCUGCUGGAAAUAACUGGUAUAAGAAGCGCCCAACAAGCAAGUGAGGUCGAACGUUUACAAAUGGAUAAAAGAAGAUUGCUUGACAAAUUCAAAGAAGAAGCGGAGUUGAGUAUUUCCAUGGAUGAAGACCUAGAGGACGAUGAGCUUUCCUUAUCCCUAAUUUCAAACGAAGAAUUCGAUCAAACCUAAACCACCUGACAAGAAACUUCCAGUGAUCUCAGCAAUAAAACGAAAAAGUAGGAAAAUUUUGCCACAAAAGGCAACUGUUGACACAAAAAUCGGACGUCGAUUUUCAAGAAAGCACUGCCUUUUCAAUCUUACCAAACUGACCCAGUAAUUUUAGGCGGAACAGUGACCAAUCUUAAAAGCAAGAGGUUGGGUAAUUUUUUGUAUACAGAAACAGUCGCCUGUUAAUAUACAGGAUGGGCGAACGAAAACGAAACAGAGGAAUUAUUAGAAACUAUCACAACGUUUUUGAAAAACCUAGCGACAGGUCAAUUUUUAUUUAAAGGGAUACAUUUUUUUGUUAUAUUAGAUUAUUUUACUUUGUCCCACCUUAAGGGUAAGAAGCAUCUCAACAUUUUUAAUGACAAUGGGGAUGAUCAGAUAACAUAUUCUAAGUCUUUAAAUUUUUAAAUUAAAUUUUUAAAUUAGGUCCAAUACUUUAUUUGAUUUAUUUAGGAGAAUAUACUUAUAUUAUAAUAAGCGAGUGUUCUACAGCUGUCGCCGCUUCUCGCAUUCUAAUUUCCAGCGUUUUCUGUCGAAGGAGUCUUCAGUUUUUAGAUCUCUGGCGGUCAUUGCAUCUUCAACAUCUCCUCUCCAGGAUUGUUUUGGUCUACCUCGUUUUCUUCUAGUGGGUGGAGUCCAUUUUUAUAUUUUUUCGGCCAUCUAUUUUCAUGCAUUCUCUGAAGGUGUCCAUACCAGUUAAGUCUUUUGGCUUCGAUUGUGUCUAUUAUAUCUAGAUCAAUUUCCAUUUCCCUCCUAAUAUCUUUGUUGUUCACCCUAUCAAGUCUAGUGAGCCGGCAACACCGUCUCCAAUAGUCCAUUUCCAUGGCCUUCAUUUUUGAUUUGUUUCUUUGGUUUAUUUCCCAGAGUUCGGCGCCGUACAACCCAAUACUUUCUAUUAUUGUUUUAUAUAUUCUUCUUUUAUUUUCUUUUGUUAUUUUAUUAUUCCAAAAUAGUCCGUGUAGUUGUCUAGUGGCUGAUCUUGCCUGGCCAAUCCUGAAAUGUAUUUCGUCCUUACUCCCUGCUUUUGAAGUUAUUUGGACUCCUAAGUAUUUGAAGGUUUCUAUUGGGUUUAUAGUUCCCAUUUCAAUUUGUAGGCUUUCUGGUGUUUCUCCUACAACUAAGUACUCGGCUUUUUGUAUAUUAAUUGUAAGGCCCCACUUAGUGUAUUCCUCUUCCAGGUUUCUGAGCAUAGUCUAUAUCACUCUCGUCUUCACCUAGAAUGGCUUGGUCGUAAGCGAAGUGUAUUGUGUAGGUACAAUCUAUCGUCCUCGAUUGGGAUGCCCAUAUUGCCGCACUUUCUUCUCCAAAGUGAGAGCGCAUAUAUUUUAAAGAGUGUAGGUGCUACGCAGCAGCCUUCCUUUAGAUCCUUACUAAUAGGAAUUUCUCUCGUUAAUUUGUUUCCACUUUUAAUGUUUCCCGUCAUAUUUUUGUAAAAAUUUUUGUACUGCUUGUAUAUUCUUUUUGAUUAUUCCUUGUUUUUCCAUUGCUACCCAGAGCAUUGAAAGUGGUACACUAUCGUAUGCCUUUGUCAGAUCUAUAAAAACUAUAAAGGGUACACUUUAAAUUCAAAAUGUUUAGCUGGUUACUUAUAUCUUUGUUGACCAAAGGAGGAAUCUGAUGAUCCCUUGCUUCGAUAUAAUACUAAAUGUUUGUUCGAAUCGUUCUGUCACAUUCCGAUGCUUUUGCGGAGUGACUCACAGACAUUAUUUGUUGACAACUACUUGACGAAAGUCUACUAAAGAUACAGGUGGCGUUUUAUAGAUUUACUUUUAAGAUGCUCCCACAAAAAAUCCAGGGGAGUCAAAUCUGGUGACCAAAGAGGCCAUUUGAUUCUGCUUCUCCUCCCAAUCCAGUGUCGUGGAAAAUUUUGAUCUAAAUAUUGACGAACAAGUAAAGCAUAAUGUGGAUGAGCAAUUUCCUCUUAAAAACUCAAGUUAUCUUCAUCUUAUUGUUGAUAACUUUUAAUAAUAUCAGUCAAGGCAGGAUUCUUGAAAAGGAAAAUCCUGCGGUAUUGAUCAGACCAAUAACGGCAAUGUUAUUGUAUUUCCUGAUAAUGACUGUUUCAUUUUCGUCCGGCCACUUUGUAUAUGCACGCAGAAAAAAUAAUGUUGUUCUGAAGCUAUUUCCUUGUGGCAUUUUUAUGAUUAAUUAUUUAUAUG